AUGAAAUCAAAUUAUUCUUAGAGCAAGUAAAGCUAAUAAAAAGACCAAUAAGGUAGUGCUUAGGAAUGUAAAAAGAUCAUGACAGAAAAGAUCAUGUAAGAGAUCUAAAACUUGUCAUUAGAUGAGACAAAUAAAAUCAAGAAAAAAAACUAAGAUGCUUUAAAGAAAUAUACAGCAGAAUCUGAAUAAAACUACUUAGAAUUCAAAAAGCUAGUUGAGUCCUUAAAAAAAGAAGUUAUAGAAUAUGCUUAAGUGAUUCUUGAUUGUCCAAAGAUAGACAAAAAGACCAAAGUUUAUGCAGAAAACUUGUAGCAAUAAAGCUCUGAACAUUUAAAAAAGCUAUAGGAUAUUUUAAGAAACAAGAAUGUUAACAUAUAUGUUAACUAAUUCUUCAGCAACAGACAUAUUUAUAUUCUAUAACGUAUUAAUAAGAGUAAAAAAGAUAUUGAAGUUUUGAUGAAGGCAGGAUGCUGUGGUGGUAGCUAACAAAAGUAAGCUCUUUCUAUUGACGUACCUGAAAACUUUUAUCUAUGCUUGCACUUCUUAGAAUUUCUUUCACAAACUCAAGCUUGUCCUCCUAAAAUAGAGUAUCCUCAAUUAGAUGCUGACUUUGAUUCAUUUUAGUUCAGGAUAUAGGAAUUGAUUGACAAAUAUUUCCCUACUGAUACAGAAGUUAAGUUUGUAGAAAUAGAGAAGGAGGUAAUUAAAAAAGAAGUAGAAAUCAGAUAAGUGGAGAUACCUAAGGUAGAAUAUAUUAAAGUAGAUUCUAAGUAGGAUGAUCUUGUAGGUAAAGGCCACGAAUACGUGUACGGCAUAGGAACACCUCAAUAAGUCAAAAGAGGCCUUGAAUUGUAUAAGUAAGAAGCAAAGGGUAAUAAUUGUAGAGCAUUUAAUAGUCUUGGUCAGGUUUAUUUUGAAGGCAAAGUAGUUGAACAAGAUUUAAACUAAGCCUAUGAUUACUAUUUGAAAUCUGCUGGCUUAGGUGAUUUAGAAGGUAUUUAUCAAAUUGGCUAGUUCUAUGAAAGAGGCUAUAUUAGUAAGGUCACAAAUAAGGAAUAUAGUUAGGAUGAGCUUAUAAAAUCUGCUAUCGAAUAAUAUAAGAAAGCAAGUUAAAAUAAAAAUAAGGACACAUUGCAUUAAAAUGCUAUUGUAGAUUUAGGAUAUUUUUAUGAAAACGGAGUCAGAGACUCUAAUGGCAAUUUUAUUAUAGUUUAAAAUAUAUAAGAAGCUAGCAAGUUAUAUGAAUGUGUUGACAAACAAAAUUGCCCUAGAGCAUUGAAUAAUCUAGGUACUUUGUGCUUAAAAAACAAUUAGAAAGAAAGAGCUUUGAGAAACUUUGAAGAAGCAGAUAGGUUAGGAUAUCCUGCAGCAACUAUGAAUCUAGGUAUUUGCUACUUAAAAGGAAUAGCAGUUCAUACAGAUAUAAACAAAGCUAUGAAAUUACUUAAAAAAGCAGCUAGGAAAGGAAAUUAAGAAUCAAAACUUUAAUAUUGUUAUUAUCUUUUGUAAUAAGCUAGUGAUGAAAACAAUGAGUAAGAAUAUUUCUAAGCUGCUACUUACCUCAGAGAAAUACUCACAACUUAACCUUAAAACUCAGAUGCCCUUCUUUAUUUGGGUUUCUUACAUGAACUCGGUUUAGGAGUUACACCUGAUUACAAAACAUCUUUAAAAUAUUACUUCUAAUCUGCUGAGUAGAAUAAUGAUAAAGCACUAACAAAGCUAGGAGACAUUUACUUCUCAGGUGCUUUGCUUCCUAAAAAUGUACCAAAAGCUAUAUAUUACUAUGAAAAGGCUGCCAGUUUUGGUAAUUCAACAGCAUUAAUCAAUUUAGGAGCUAUUUAUGAAGAAGGAUAUGAUGGAAAUCUACCUGAUUACGAUAAGGCUUAUGAAUUAUACUUGUAGGCUGCAAAUAAUGGUUCUGCUGAAGCUUGGACUCAUAUUGGUUUAAUGAUUGAAAUGGGUAGAAAAAAAGAUUGUAAAGCUAGUGAUGGAUAUUAGGCUUACUUGAAGGCUUCAUAAUUGGGUGAUAUAAAUUCAAUUUAAAUUCUUAAAGACAAGGUGGAUAUCCUGCAAAAUAAUGAAAUUAAUUUAUAAUUUUAAAAUGAAGAAGAAGAAGAGUAAUUCCGUGUUCUAAGAUAAAAUUAAUUACAAAUUUUACAAAGUCACAGAUAAAUUUCUGAACUACAAUAAAUAAACUAGUCAAAAGCAUCUAAAGUUUAAGAAAACUAUGAUACUCCCACAGCCAUAGGAUUAAAUUAUUAAAACUGGGAAAACUAAAACUUAUAAAACUUUAAAAAAUGA